CUUUCCCAAGAGCGAGAAAGAAGAAGGCGAUGGUAUUUGGCCGCGGGCGGGGCCGUCGCAGCGAAGAUCCGAGGGACGCGCGCCGCGCCACAGAUUUGGAGCAGCUCCCGGAUUCCAAGAUCUCGCCGGUUUCUUAGCUAGCAGGAGAAAUCUGGGGUUUAGCAGCGGCGCGCGCCGGGUGAGCUCUCGGGAGAUUAGGAGCGCUGUAGGGCGUGGGGCGAUGAUCUCGCCACGGCGGCUCGGCCUGGAAUGUAGGAUCUAAGGCCCGGCAGCGGGAAUUUCUCGAUCCAGGGAUGCGCUUUACAUGAUAUUGUUGGCGAUGGUGUCACAUUCUCGUCCAAGAACAAGGCCCCAACAAUGAAAUGGACUUCGCUCCUCAACAAAGUUAACUUCUCGUCGAGGGAUUCGCCUGGCUCGCAAUCCGGCCGCAGGAGCGCCGCCGCCAAUCUCGAUGGCGAUGCCAAUUCCAAGCAACACUAUGAAUCGGAGCAGGACUUCAAGAGAUUCUGGGAGGAGUUUCGAUGUGGACACUCGGACAAGGAGAAGCAAGAAGCCUUGGAGAUGGCGCUAAGUGUUUUCUGUAAGCUCUCCCGGCGUCACCAAAAUCCUGCGCAGCUUGCCACCUCGCUAGUCGACACAAGGCAAUUCGCCUUUGUGGUUGCUAGAGCUUUCAUCGCUGACGUUGAUAAGAUAAAGUCAUCCACUAGCCAAGAUACACUCGCCAAAUCUCUCAUUCAAGGAAAGCAGGAAGAAACAGCAAACAUGCUCUACGUCCUCGAAAGCCUUGUCUCCCCCCCACUUGACGUACAGCCGCUCCUCGAUGCGGGCCUUCUUUCGUGCCUCGUGCACGUCUUGUACAGUUUCCUCGAUUUGACUGACGAUUUUGUAGACGCUCUGAGUGACGAUGGGAAAAGACAAAAGCUCCAGGUCGAAGGAGAAGUUGUCCAUAUCUUGAAGGCGCUGGGGAGUCACCUUGGAGCCGCGCAGAGUCUAGCAGACGAUGAUUCUUUGCAAAUGCUCUUUGCGAUGGUCAUUCAACGGCCUUCGUCUGUACAUCUAGCACAACUUCACCGCCACGUGCUUCAGAUCCUUGGAAAUGUUCUUUCGAGUGAUGACGGAAGCUGCGCUCACUAUAUUCACCGGCAUCAACUUGUCAAAAUGCUGUUACGGCCAGUGAAAGAGUUUACGUGUGAGAGCGGUGACGGAACACUCACUGUGGGAGUUGUGUCGCUUCUGCUUACCUGCGUCGAGGUUUCUUGUCGACCAGGUGCUGGUGGGAUCAACCUCAGGGAGGACUUGCAAAAUGCUCAUGGUUAUCAGUUGCUGGUGCAGUUCGGGCUGUCUCUUGCUAGUCCUGCAACAGCGGAUGCCAGUGCAUCUUCAAGCCUUGGCAGGCUGUUAAGUCUGCAAGACUCUGGGGAAGAAACGAGCAGCGGGCAAGCAGACUUGUCGACGUCCUUCUUGGCUUUGCUCGACACUCUUAUAGACCUCGCUCAAGUUGGACCAGUCGAAGAAAGUGAGCCCGGGGAUUUAAACUACAACAAGGCAAAAGCGGUGGCUAUCCAAAGCAGGUGCUUCCCGAUUUUUGAUGGAACCAGAUUCAAGUCAAACGAAUCUCUGACAGAUGGGAAAGUGCGGGAUCUGUUUGCGGUUCAAGUGCUACAGGAUAUCUUUCUCAAGUCUGGGAAUCUGAAUUCGCAGGUGGAAGUUCUUGACAGGCUGCUGAGGCUACUUGCAAGUCACAUGGAUAACUAUCUGGUUGUUCAAGAGCUCAGGACUCUGUCACUUUUUAUUCUCAACAUGCCAGCUCUACCGCGUGUUCUUCAGGGACAGCUUUUGAAAGUGCUGGAGCAUGUCGUGACGGUUGUGAAUCAGGUCCCGGAGCAGGAGCUCCUUUCCCUGUGUUGCCUGCUGCAACAAUCCUUGUCGCAGUCACUGAGAAGCAGCGUACUUUCUUUCCUCGUGAAAAUUCUCUCGUUUGAUCCUCAGUACAAGAAAGUGCUUCGCGAAGUCGGCGUGCUCGAUCUCCUUGUUGAGGACUUGAAGACGGCUGCUAAGAUAUCGCAAAAGAAAGAUGGUCAAGCAGUGCAUAUAUUUGAAGAUAAAGUGAGCUUGGCUCAAGGCUGGGAUUGUCUACUGUCACUGCUGAAGAGGAACGAAGCCAACCAAACUGCCUUCCGAAAAGCGCAUGGUUUCGACGCGCUUCAACCGUUACUCCUAUCAGAUAUCCACAGAACUUACGUGCUGCGAGUAUUAAGCUGUCUUAUUUCUGAGGACACAGUUCAGUCGCAUCCUGAAGAAUUGAAGGCUCUACUCGGCACCACUAGAGCCGGCCAGGGACAAGGUAUCAGUUUCAAGGCCAAGACGGAUAUCCUUUGGGCUGUCUUUCGAAUACUCUGCUCGAAUCCGGCGGCAAAGGACGUUUUCGGUGAGGGGAAGGGAUUCACUCUCAUGCACACUGUCCUCGAAAGUUUGGAAGACUUUUCCGGUGCGGAACCAAGGCAGAGGAUGGAGAUUGUCAAUGCUUUGCUGCAUGUGGUGACUGUGGGAGUAGCAGGCCACUCGGUAAAUCGGAUAAGACUGAACGACUGCGUGCUCAGUCAUGCCUUCAGCGCUGCUUUACUUAAGACGGGACUCAUUUGUGGCGAUUACGAGGACCUUAUUCUGGACUUAUUUUUCGACAUCUGCCUCGAGAAAGUUCAAUCCCCCGCAAGAAAUGUUGACAGCUUUCGUGCUGGGACGUGGGACAACGAGUUUAUCUCGGUUGACGAGCGACGUGAGCUCUUCAAUGCCGGGCUCGUUCAAGUAGCGCUUCAACUUUUCGACGACUUCUCUCCCAAGGCGCAGCUCAAGGUGGUCACGUCGGUCGAGGCAUUAUCCGAAGGAAGUCUAGUGAAUAAAGAUCGUCUCACUUUAGCAGGUUGUCUGAAAAUGGUACUGGAGAUUCUCACGCCGAGUGCAAGCUAUUCGCCUGCGAUAUGGAUGCACGGCAUGCAGAUAGUGAAGCUUCUCGGUUCCUAUAGAAUCUCUUCGUUUGAGCUACGGGCUUUGCUGCGAUAUAUGUGGCAGUGCAGAGAUUAUACUUACGGUCAAGUUGCACAAAGGUACAUUGAAGCGUUAGAAGGGGUGGUUCACAGUGAGGAGAGCUCGGCCGAAAUCUCUCCUGCUGCACGCUUCAUGGACUUCUCCUCACGACGAAAUGGACAUGCCUCCGUCCGAAUUUCUCUAGGGGACAGGUCAUGGCCACCAGCAGCAGGCUACUCAUUUAUGUGCUGGCUUCGAUUCACUGGGAUAGAGGGAAAAACCAAGGGUGGAAGAAGUCGACCUGCUCUUCGUAUCUUCAUGGUGGAGUCUGUGGAGGAGAAGGGGACAGUAUUAGCGGAGCUUUACUUGAAUGAUUCGGGGCUCUUAACUCUGGCAACUGGUCCUAGUUCUCUCUUAGCUUUCAAAGGUGUCCGACUGGAAGAAGGCCUGUGGUACCAUAUAGUCAUUGUGCAUAACAAACCGAAUGCACUCGCCGGUCUCUUCCAGUCGAGUGUGGCGAGCCUCUACGUAAACGGAAACCUGAGGCAUACAGGAAAGCUUGGCUACUCGCCUUCCUCGUUUGGAAAGACUAUUCAAGCAGUUAUCGGGAUUCCUCCACAGCUUUCAGACGUUUCUUCGUCAACAUGGCAGAUGACUGGUUGCUAUCUGUUCGAAGAAGUUUUACCUUCGCAAGCCGUCUGUCUGGUUUAUGCACUGGGGAGAGGAUACCGAGGCCUCUUUCAGGAUACCGACCUCUUGAGAUUUGUGCCGUAUGAAGCUUGCGGGGGAGGAAAUCUAGCGGUGUUAGAGGGGCUGGAAACUGCUUCAGCUGGUGUAAACGUGCAAAAAGGUGGUGAUGCUGCCAAGUAUAGAAUUGACGGAAGCGGGGCUGUCUGGGAGCUCGAAAGACUUGUCUCGUUCUGGAUCCAACUUUCCAACAAGAAACUUAUAUUCUCUUUUGAUGGAACUCCCGGACAAACGCAAACUGCCGGCCAACAAUCUAUUGUGAACUUGGUGGAGCCGCUGUCAGCCGCAGCUUCUCCGCUUGGAGGCCUUCCUCGAAUCGGCCGGUUGGUCGGGGAUGUUGAGAUACUAAAUCCCUGCAGCUUUGGGGACAGUAUGAGAAAGGUUGGGGGCAUGGCUGUCGUGCUUGCUUUAGUCGAGGCUGCAGAAACUGGCGAGAUGCUGCACUUGGCUUUAUCACUUUUGGUCCGCGUGCUAUAUUACAAUCCUAGGAACACUUACGACAUGCUCGCGUGCCGAGGAUACCACUUACUGGUGCUGUUUCUGCACAGGAGGAUCCGUCUGUUUGAGGUACAGGAUCUGGAGCUUCUAUUCCAGAUUGCUGCGUGCGAAGCCUCUUUUUAUGCGCCACCGCAAAGUUCUCAUUUUGCGACCAACACUGCCUCGUCUGGACAGCACCCUCUGAUUGACAUGCAUGGUGCGAACAACAACAACAACGUCAAUGGUCCUCCUGCUGACGACCAAGUGUCUUCAGGCGGCUCGGUGUUCGAUGCAACAGAUAUUGGCCCUGAAGAUAUUGCAAACGGCAUGUCAGAGUUUGGAAGUGCUGCAACACCCGAAGAAUCUCUCAACUGCGUGGUGCUAUCAAAUCCGGAUAUGAUGGAGCAUGUCCUCAUGGACUGGACCCUCUGGAGCAGGGCUUCCGUUCCGAUUCAGCUUUCGCUGCUCGGGUUCAUAGAAAGGCUGGUGGCAGUGCAUCGGUACAGGAAUCACAACCUGGCAACUCUACGUCGGCUGAAUAUCGUCCAACAUCUCCUGGUUACGUUGCAACGAGGAGAUAUAGAGGUGCCUGUGAUAGAGAAGCUGGUUGUGCUACUCGGCAUUCUCCUCGAAGAUGGUUUUCUGCCUUCGGAGCUCAAGUACGUGGCCGACUUCGUCGUCAUGAGCUUCAAUCCGCCAGAGGUUGUUCGCGACUCUCCGAUAUCUCGGGAGGCCAUGGGGCUGCAGGUCAUCGUUAGAAACGUUCUUCUGGAAAUGCUGAUCGACCUGCAGAUGACUAUCAAUGCCGAAGACGUCUUGGAGACCUGGCACAAGACAGUCUCUUCGAGAAUCAUAACUUUUGUGCUGGACGAGGCGGCACACCCGACCACAAUGCGGUGGAUAAUGACCCUGCUUGGAGUUUGCAUAUCUUCGUCGCCAACUUUCUCCACAAAGUUCCGUGCCAGUGGCGGAUAUCAAGCCAUUUCCCACGUACUUUCCAGCUUCUACGAUGCCCCGGAGAUAUACUACAUCCUCUUCUGCCUCAUGUUCGGGAAACCAGUUUAUCCUCGUCAACCGGAGGUCCGGCUGCUGGACUUUCACGCCUUGAUGCCCGGGGAAGCUAUCGAGGGAGAAAUUCUCUUCACGGAAUUCCUCGACUCCAUUCUACUCAUGUUCAAGGCAGCGUUUGACAAGAUGAGCCUUCAGUCACAAAUAGUGCAGCAGACAGGAGAUUUUUCGCAGUUUCCGGAGUCUCUGGCAGCUGGCUUUGCGAAUGGAUUCAAGGAUAUUGGAGGUGAUCUUCAGAGUGAAGCUCUCCUGCACAAGACAUAUGCUGCACGGCUCAUGGGUGGCGAGGCUGCAGCGCCAUCUCUCGUGACUUCGCUGUUGAGGUUUAUGGUGGAUCUGGCCAAAAUGCAUCGUCCUUUCUCGACAGCUUGCAGGCGUCUCGAUUUUCUCGAAGGAAGCGUGGAACUUUAUUUUUCCUGUGCGAGGUCUGCGGCAGCUAUCGAGGCUGCCCAAGGAAUCUCUGCCGAGGCAAACAACCAGUCGAGCUAUAAGUUCUCGGACGACUUCCAAGUUAUUAACCAGAAAGUUGGAGCCAAGGCCGACGCAGAGGAACCAGCAGCUCAGGAAGUAGAGCUCUUGGCUGUUCCAACCAAGUCUUCUCCAAUCGACAUAAUGAGGCCGUUCCAAGCUGACGAGUCUAUAGACAAUUUCUUCGUCUUUCCAUCCACGUACGCGGAAAACACCACCAACGGCGACGACACUCACUCUCAGCGUUCUUCGUCAUUCUCCAACGCUUUCACCGAGUCGUCAACUUCCGCAUUCGUGACGCUUCCACUGUCUCCGACAACGUCAGACAACUCGAGAAACGAGGCUGGAACUCCUUUGCCAUCGCGAACGCCUGGCAACAAUUUGGCGUCGUGGGUGAAAAGCACGUUUCCUAGCGACACUCCCGCUCCUUCCCGCUCUGCCAGCAGCAUACCAUCGAGAACGACGUCCAUUGUAAGCGCUUCAACACAUGGUCCUGCCAGUGACUCGGAUCGAUCAUCGAUUCAGGACGACAAGCAAGCUUUUCCGAUCACCAAGAAGCUCCUGUUGCAGCUGGAAUCUGCCGGUUCCGGGGGUGGACCUUGCUCCUCCGGUGCUACAGCCGUCUUGGACCUUGUGGCUGAGGUGCUAGCCGACGCUCUAGCUGAUCAGCUGAAAGCCACGCCACUGGUGGAAGCAACUCUGGAAGCUGUGCCUCUUCAUAUUGGUGGCGAUAUCGCUGUGGUGUUUCAAGGACUCUGCCUCUACCGGGUCAUGAACUUCCUCGAACGUCGUCUCCAACGUGAUGACGAGGAAGCACACAAGAAGCUGGACAGAGCUCGCUGGUCAUCAAAUCUGGAUGCAUUCAGCUCGCUCGUGGUGGAUCGUGUCUACAUGGGAGCAUUUUCGGAUUCGGCAGGGGUGUUGAAGGUGCUCGAGUUCUUGCUAUCGAUGCUGCAGCUGGCCAACAAGCACGGCCGGGUGGAGGAAGCAAUGACAACCGGCAGGAGCUUGUUAUCUCUUGCUCGUGGUGGCUUCAAGCAGCUCGAGCCUUUCGUCCAGUCCCUGCUACGUAACACCAACCGGAUGCUUCUGUUCUGCUUUCUCCCGUCGCCCACCACAAACGAGGAACUAACGUCGAGUAACACUGGCCUGCUAGCGAAAGGAGGACUGGACAUCACUUUGGUCCUGCAGCUCCUUAUAUCCCACAAGAAGCUGGUCUUGUGUCCCGGCAACGUCGACUCGGAGUUCCUGCAAUGCCUCCUCGUCAACAUCGUGCCUCUGCUUCAAGAUCCACGGCAGGCUGUUCGGACUCUCGCCGUGGAUGCAUGCAAAGUCUUGCUACACUACCGCAAAGAGGCACUGGAGGACAUUCUCGUGCUCAGGCACGCUUCUGGCGAGGCGCUGGACGUUUUCCACGGAGGUUUCGACAAGCUCCUGGCAUCCAACUCGAUCGGCUUCUAUACGUGGUUUGAUGACGCUCACGAUGCCAUUGGACGGGUGCUGGAGCAACGUGCCUCGCUUGCAUGGAUGCAGUUUAUAGGUGGCGCGGCUCGAUUCAACUCUUCACGUCUCAAAAACUUCGAGGUGAGGCGGAAGAGAGAGAUGGGGAGGAGGAUGAAAGACGCUAGCAAGGCGGACGGCCGCCACUGGGAACAGAUGCUGGAGCGCAGAGUUGCUCUCGACAUGGUGAGAGACUCUCUAUCGGCGGAGCUCCGGUUGAUGAGACAGGUGAAAUACGGUUGGGUGAUACACGCCGAGAAUGAGUGGCAGGAUCAUAUCCAACAGCUCAUGCACGAGCGCGGGCUGUGGCCCGUUGUCAAGCCUGUAGCUGAGAGUGACAACGAGUGGCAACUCUGCUCUACCGAGGGCCCGUAUCGCAUGCGGAAGAAGCUCGUACGUUGCAAGCCGAAGAUUGACAUUGCUGCUCACCCACCUGAAGAAGCUGAAGCGGAAGUACUUCCCAAUGGUCAGGCCGGGUUCGCUGUGGACAUAGAGAAUCCGGACUACGACUCCUUCUUCCACAUCUUUUCCUUGGGCAUCGACAGUCCUAAGAAGAAUGCUGCCAAGGACUACCUCGAGUCCUUUGACGAAGAGGACACCGAGUCCAAAGGACGGGAAGACGAUGCAAAUUCCUUGUCGACCAGAGGUGACGGGACCAUCGAACGCAGCAGAAGCGCCAUCAACGACAGCGGGAAGAGCCCGGAAUCAAUCCAGAGAAGUAAGUCGGACGCUCAUGGGACUGCUCCGGGCUCUUCGCCAACUAAAGCCGGCGACUUUCAGCUGGACGACGCAGACGACCAAGACUUCCAGGACGACGGAGAGUAUUUGAUAGCUCCCUACCUGGAGCGUGGCGAGAAGAUCAGGUUCCGUUACAACUGCGAGCGUGUUGCGGGGCUGGAUAAGCAUGAUGGAAUCUUUCUCAUUGGGGAGAGGUGUUUGUACAUCAUCGAGAACUACUUCAUCGACAGUGCCGGCCGGAUAUGUGAGAAAGGUGGUGAGGGCGAGCUUUCGGUAAUCGAUCAAGCACUGGGAGUGAAGACAAGCAUCUCGGUCGUCUUCGAGUCUACGCAGACCGCGACUUGGUCGGACACCGAGAACACAUGGCCGGGAGGGAAGGCUUGGGCUUGCAGUGGAGGUGCUUGGGGGAAGGAAAAACUCUCGUCGGGACGACAAAUGCCACACUCGUGGCGGAUGUGGAAACUCGACAGUGUGCACGAGCUUCUCAAGCGUUGGUAUCAGCUACGACCCGUUGCUAUCGAGCUGUUCAGCAUGGAUGGCUGCAAUGAUCUCUUGGUGUUCCACAAGGAAGAGCGAGAUGAGGUGUUUAAGAACCUUUUGUCCAUCAACUUACCUCGUAGCAGCAGGCUUGAAACGGCAAUCUCUGGAGUGUCCAAGCUAGACAGCAAUGAAGGAGGUCGGCUUUUCAAGACAAUGGCCAAGUCCUUUAGCAAACGCUGGCAGAAUGGCGAGAUAAGCAACUUUCAGUACCUCAUGCACUUGAAUACGCUAGCUGGUCGGGGUUACAACGAUCUCACGCAGUAUCCAGUCUUUCCAUGGGUGCUUGCUGACUAUGAAAGCGAGGAGCUGAACCUCUCUAAUCCGACUGUUUAUCGUCGUCUUGACAAGCCAAUGGGAGCACUAUCUCUGGAACGUGAGGAUGUGUUCCGAAAGAGGUACGAUAAUUGGGAUGAUCCGGAAAUACCGAAGUUUCACUAUGGUUCUCACUACUCAAGCGCUGGUACUGUUUUGUUUUAUCUAAUCCGUUUGCCUCCGUUCAGCCAAGAGAACCUCAAGCUCCAAGGUGGUCAGUUCGACCACGCAGAUCGACUCUUUACAAACAUUCGCGAUACUUGGCUGAGUGCCAGCCAAGGAAACACGGCGGAUGUGAAAGAGUUGGUCCCGGAGUUUUUCUACUUGCCUGAGUUUUUGGAGAAUAAGUUCGACCUGGAUCUAGGCACCAAACAGUCUGGAGAAAAAGUUGACGACGUUGUCCUUCCACCCUGGGCCAAAGGAAGUGCACGCGAGUUUAUUCGCAAGCAUCGUGAGGCUCUGGAAUCUCAGUACGUUUCAGAGAACUUACAUCAUUGGAUAGAUCUCAUUUUUGGAUAUCGGCAAAGAGGACAGGCUGCUGUGGACGCCACCAACGUGUUUUACUACCUGACGUACGAGGGAGCUGUAGAUAUAGACUCAGUCCGGGAUCCGGCCCUGAAGGCUUCGACACUGGCUCAGAUCAACCAUUUCGGACAAACACCCCGUCAACUCUUCCUCAAGCCUCAUCCGGGCAGAAAGUGCCAGCAGAAAGUUCCGUUUGGCCACGUUCUGCGAAGCUCUCAACUUCUGGCCCCGCAGGAGAUCCGCAACGCAACAACCUCCAUCGCCCAGAUCGUUGUGUCUCACGACAAAGUCUUCUCGGUUGGUCACAACAGGUUGCUCAAGCCGCGAUCAUACAGCAAGUAUAUCGCGUGGGGCUUCCCGGACAACAGCUUGCGCUUUGUUUCAUACGACCAGGACAGGCUCCUGUCAACUCACGAGGGACUUCACGACGGCACCAUUGUGUGCGCCGGCUUCAGCAGGGACGGACGCACUCUCGUGACAGGAGGAGAAGAUGGCGUCGCUUCCGUGUGGCGUCUCCGAAAGGAUGGUGUUCGUAACCAACGCAGGCUUCACCUCCAGAGAGCUCUCUGUGCUCACAGCGACAGUGUCACUUGCCUGUCCGUCUGCCAACCUUACAACCUGGUGGUGACCGGCUCCAGCGACUGCACAGUCAUCUUCUGGGAUCUCAGCACCCUAGAGUUCGUGAGGCAGCUCCCACAGCUUCCAGCACCAGCGUCAGCGGUUCAUACAAACGAGAUGACCGGGGAGAUUGUCACAGCAGCAGGGACGAUGCUGGUGGUGUGGAGUGUCAAUGGCGACUGCCUAGCAGCUCUCAACGUCUCUCGCCUCGCUUCCGAGGCCAUCGUUUCCAUCACAAGCCCGGUGCUGUCCGACUGGAUGGAAACCGGGUGGUACGUGACCGGCCACCAGAACGGUGCCAUCAAGCUGUGGAGGAUCGACUACGCGAGCUUUGCACAAGGGCCUUCCCGGCGGUCGAGAGGAGUACCACCUCCCAGGAAUGUGUGCUUCACGGGUGGAACACCCGAGUAUCACCUCGUACUCCACAAGGUGCUCAAGUCUCACACGCAGCCAGUGACGGCCUUGCAUCUCUCGCCCGACCUCAAGCAGCUCUACAGCGGCGACGCCGGCGGGCACGUCACCUCCUGGGUGCUCUCAACUCUCGAUGGCUCCAGUGUCCAGCCCGAGACAUGCCCGUGGUGCCAGGAUGUCUUGGACGUAGCGCAGCUCAAGCGCUACUGCCGAAACUGUGGCAAGUUUUCGUGCCAGAGAUGUGGUGAGAGCGCCCCCGUUGUGGAGCUGGGAUAUGUGGAUCCCGUCCCGAUCUGCUGGAGCUGCUCGCAACACGUCGAGGAAAGAGCUUUGUCUAGUAGUAGCUAACUUAAGUUGAGUCUACAAAGAGGGGAGUCGACUCUCUCGCAAUUUUUUUUGUACAAUGUCAAUAAGAAAUCACUCGCUAGGCGUGGACAACAUCCUCCAACUUGGCGGCUCUCCUCAA